AAAUUUGUUGUGUCUUAACGAUAAAAAAGAAACGCGAGAACCAACAACAAACCAAAUACCUCAACAAAAUAGAAAAAAAAAUCAAAGUUAAUAAUUUACAUAAGAAUAAGAAAUUAUAAUUGCAACUACCUCAUUUUGUAUACCGUGAACUUUUGUAAACUGUGCAAAAACUACCUCAAAGUACAAAACACACACACACACAAUCCCAACCAAAAAGUGCGCGAAACUAUAUAAAGUUAAAAAGUUUAUAAAUAAAACGCAGCUCAAAUGAAAAUUUGUGUUCAGAACUGAAGAAAAACAAUUGAAGUGAAAUUGUAAGCAAAACGCUUGCAAUUUAAUUUGCAAGGACAACAAACACACAACACACACACACAUAACAAACACAGUUAUGGCUAUAUCAAUGCUGCAGGACGCGCAGACACGAAGCCUGGCCGCUGCCUUGGCUGGCAUCAAGCGCGAGGACAUGGUUGUGGAUCGCUCCAUGUCGCUGUCGCCGCCCAUGUCCGCCAAUACCUCGGCCAGCAGUCCGGUGGCCUCAAACAAUGGCCUCAACUCGCACUCGCUGUACCCGUCGAUGGGUCUGCAACAGGCUGCGGCCGCUUCCGCCUUUGGCAUGCUGUCGCCCACACAGCUGAUGGCUGCCAAUCGCCAGGCGGCUGCCUUUAUGGCCCAGCUGCCCAUGAGCACGCUGGCCAACACUCUAUUUCCACACAAUCCAGCGGCGCUGUUUGGCGCCUGGGCGGCACAGCAUCAGCAGCAGCAACAGCAUCAACAGCAGCAUCAGCAGCAGCUGCCUUUGGCCGGCACCCAUUUGCACUCUCCGCCCGCCAGCCCGCACUCGCCGCUGGCCAACAGCGGCAAGCAUCCGCUCAGCUCGCCGAACAGCACGCCGCAGCAGCAUCAUCAUCUGGGCUUGGGUCUGGGUGAGCCCGUCAAGAAGGCGCGCAAAUUGUCGGUCAAAAAGGAAUUCCAAACGGAGAUUACCAUGAGCGUUAGCGAUUUGUAUCACACGCCCGGCGGGCCCAUUUCACCGCCCAGCAGCGGCAGCUCGCCAAACUCCUCUGCCCAUGAGGCCACAUCGGGUGUGACAGCAGCAGCUGCUUCAGCCGCCACUGCCGCUCCCGCCAAGGAUCCGUCACGCGACAAGAGCUUCACGUGCAAGAUCUGCUCGCGCAGCUUUGGCUACAAGCAUGUCCUCCAAAACCAUGAGCGCACCCACACCGGCGAGAAGCCGUUCGAGUGCCCCGAGUGCCACAAGCGCUUCACCCGUGACCAUCAUCUGAAGACGCACAUGCGCCUGCAUACGGGCGAGAAGCCCUAUCACUGCUCCCACUGCGAUCGCCAGUUUGUGCAGGUGGCCAAUCUGCGGCGUCAUCUGCGCGUCCAUACCGGCGAGCGGCCCUACACCUGUGAGAUUUGCGAAGGCAAGUUCAGCGAUUCGAAUCAGCUGAAGUCCCAUAUGCUGGUGCACAAUGGCGAGAAGCCGUUCGAGUGCGAGCGCUGCCACAUGAAGUUCCGUCGGCGCCAUCAUCUGAUGAAUCACAAAUGUGGCAUUCAGUCGCCACCGACGCCCGCUCUCUCGCCGGCCAUGAGCGGCGAUUAUCCUAUGGCUGCAGCGGCUGUGGCAGCGGCUGCCGCUUUGGAAUGCUCCACCAACAAAUUUGCGGCCAUGUGCGCCAGCUACGGCGGCUCCGAAGAGUCCGUGGACCUGGCUAAGAGCAGCCUGGAUGAGGAGGCACCGCUCGAUCUGUCCGAGGAUGGCGCCAGCUCUGUGGAUGGCCACUGCAGCGGCAGCAAUGCGCGCCGCAAGGCGCAGGACAUACGCCGCGUAUUCCGGCUGCCACCGCCACAGAUCGUGCACGUGGCCAGCGACAUGCCCGAACAGACCGAGCCCGAGGAUCUGAGCAUGCACUCGCCGCGCUCCGCCGAAUCGCAAGAACAGCACGAGGACAUCGAUCUCGAUGAGCUGGACGAUGCAGCUGCUCUCUACCUGCGACAGCAGCAGCUCCAGCACCAUUAAAGUAGGAAACUCGCUCUCUAUGGAUAAUGGAAGAAUUUGUAUAUAUGGUUCAGAGUGCCGGCGAUCAUCAGAUGAGGCUGGCUAAGAGUUUACGUACAGGAAUUUAUGUCAAGUACAAGUAGCUUGCAAAACAAAACAAAACAAAAAAAAAACCAACCAAACUAUGAAAAAUUUAAAUAAUUUUUAGUCAUUUAGCAAAUAACAAACGCAGAUUGCACAUAAAUCAAAAAGCUCCAAAAAAUUGUACAAAAAACACGUUAAGCUAAGACAAAUGUUAGGCCAUAAGAAAACUCUCACCCAAAAACAAAAACAAAAAAACGUAACCCAGCUAAUGUUGUGCCAUUCUCAAAGCCUAGUUUUAGUUAUAUUUAGUUUAAAAAUAGUCCUCGGUUGUUGUCCAGUAAUUGUAUAUAGCCAGCGUUUGCAGCUGCCAAUUGUAAAUUAUACAGCGCUCUCCUCCA